AUGCGUGCCUCCCUCAAUCUUGGGGCCGUGGUGGCCAGCAGUCUUCUAGCCCCAGAUGACAGCAAUGAUACCGGAAGUUCUGCUGGCCAAGUCAACUCCCCACAGAGCACAGUCGUGAUUACUAGCAGUGGCGACAACUCCAAUGGCCUGCCCAACGGGCAAUCCUGUCAGAUGCAGGGCACAACGACUGUAUUUGUUACCGUUUACCCUACUAGCCCUGUCUCAAAUGGCAAUGAGUCUCCUGCGGCAAUCACUGGCACCGAUGGAACUCCUGAUCACACUGGCUAUCAGACUAUUCAAGUUUCUCCUUUGAAUUCUGCCAAUGGAAACCAACCUACUGUCGAGAUCUUCACUACCGUGACCGUUUCAAAUCUCUGGGGUACUGGUUCUGAUGCAAGCAAUCCUACUUCCGUUGCAACUUCAGAGUCCACCCACUCUGAUGCGUCAUCUCCUUCGGGCUCUACUACACCUGACACUCCUGGCUCAGUCUCUGUCAAAAGUCCUGGAGAUAAUGGAAGUGCCACCGAAGGUACUGCGCAGAAUGCUCCAUCAAACUCGUUGUACAUGACUGAUUACACUGGCCAAGUGACUGCCAACCCCAAUGGCGGCGACGGUGGCGCCAGAAGCACUGCAGUGCACCCUCCAAACCUUUACACAAUCGUCACAGAUACGAAACUUGAUUGGAUUACCGGCUCUAAUGGCAUUCAAAGUCUUGUUACUGUUGUCUCUGAGCACACCAUCACUCUUGGCACCGCUGCAGCUGAAGCAAUUUCUGGCUCAGGGCCUGCUGUGACUUGCUGGACCGUCACCGGCACCGAUGGCAAAGAAACAGUGUUAGAAUCAGUCAUCAACACCAAUCAAGGCAAUGGCGGUGCUCCAGCGGCGACUUCUGCUUCCAUCGUUGGACCGGACGGCAACGUUUCUCCUCAAGCUGUUUCUACGGUUCUUGGUCAGCAAACUCCUGUCACAACUAUCACCGCAAACGGCGCUACUCCUGUUUACACUGGGCCAGGAAUCGUUGCCACCACUGCCAUUACUGUCCUUGGACCCGAUGGAAUCACCACUGUGGUUCAUUCCACCUGGGUCAUCGAAAGUAGCCCUGUCACUGAUGCUUCUGCUGCUUUGCCAACUGGUAUCUCUGUCCCCCCAGGGGCUACUCAAGCGCCUUCAAACGGCCAGGCCAUCACUAGCUGUACGAGCUAUACUGUCAUAGGACCUGAUGGCCGGCCAACUGUGAUUGAGUCUACCUUGGUAAUUCCUGCAUCCGCUGUUCUGGUCACCGAGCUGCCCCAAAAUCUCCCAAAUGGCAUCUCCAUACAAGCCACGAAUGUUCCUGGAUCGCCUGUGCCUGGUGAAGGGGCAAUCACCGCCCGCUCAUCUUACACUGUCGUCGGGGCCGAUGGCAGGCUUACUGUUGUCGAAACUAGUUUCCUGGUGCCUGGACCUUCCGCUGCUCCUGUUACUACCGUAGCCCCGUCCGGAGUCGUCACAGGCGUUCCGGGACAGAUUACUGCUACUCCGAGCCAGUUUGGCUCUGUCGAGAUGUCAUCUGAAGGGUUGACCACUUGCACGACGUACACAUUUCUUGGUACAGAUGGACUUCCUACUGUCUUUGAAUCCACUAUUGUGAUGCCCAAGAGCAAUUUGUUGCCAACUGGUACUAUCAUUGGUCUUCCGUCGAUUGUUCCUGAAGGCCAAGACAACGAGCUUCCUCAAGGUGUUACUGUGCCCGCACAAACUGGCGCAGGCUACACUGCCUGCGUUACUGUUGACGUUCUUGGGCCGAAUGGUGUUGCAACUCCUGUCGUCGAAACAAUCGUCCUGACACCACAGACACCGGGACCAGUAGGUGCUACUGUCCCCGUCACCUCCCUUGGGUUUCCAUCUGUUGUCACUUCGGGUUUGGGUAACCUCCCCCAAGGCAUUACCCCGUCGGGCACUGUUGCUCUCAGCCCAGUCACCACUGCUGUUACCCUCACCGUUGUUGGACCGAAUGGAGUCGCUUCGCCUGUUGUUCAGACUAUUGUCAUCACCCCCCAGCCGCAGGCGGUGCCAUCUGGAGCCACCAACUCUGUGACCAUCCCAGGGGCUGGUUCGUCUAUUCCACCUGCUUUGGAAGAAUACGCAACGGGUAUCCCAACCAAUCCUACUGUACUUUUCCCGCCAGGGAUCAGCUCUGAAGUUGGAGGUUUGCCGGUUGGAACUGAUAAUGGCGCGAAACCUUCUGUUUUCACCAUUGUCACCGGCCCAGGCGGUAUUCCUGUUUUGUCGGUCAUCACUGCCGCACCUUUAUCCGUGUACGGCAAUCCUGGAAGUGCCGACAAUAAUGGAACGCCUGUAUCCGGUCCUGCACCACAAGGCAUGCCUGGUGCAUAUGGCUGGCAGCCAGCUGGUGUCUCACCUGCUGAAUAUGGUGCCUUGCCAACCUUGGUCAAUCCCCAGGUCGGGCCGGUUGCAACCUCCGUCCAAACAAGUACCUGGGUUAAUGUCAUUCCUGAGCCAACCACAACUUAUACGAUGAAGUUUCCUGUGACUACUCUCACCACUGUCACUGUUCCUGCCAAGGCCUCGGUGUUGAAGCGCCUUGUCCAACAUCCAAGAGGGCCUGCUGCCCUCAGUGCUAGCUGGUCCAACUCGACCUCUGCGAGCCUUCAACCUUUUACUGAGAGUGAAGCAAUGGUUUCUCCCUCCGUGGAUCCGACUUCAAAUCCCUCAGACGCCGGCGUUGUUGCUCCCUCUCCUGCCCCUGCCACGGCAAUGUGCCCAACUGGCGGCAAAGUGGGCAAUACUACAGUAAAUUUUGAUAAUGUGAAGCCAGGUCCUCUCUUCAACCCCGCCGGAGAUUUCUGGUUCUCGGAAGGGUUCCUCGUAACACCACUGUCAUCCCAAUCUGUUCAAGGAUAUACGGCUUCAUCAGGGGGUCAACUCGUGGAAUUCGUCCCUCCCGCCCUGACUGGCCCUGCAUUGAGUGGGUGCAGCGACACAGCCGAGAUUGGUGUUGGACCCAACUCCCCGAAUCCUUGCUUUCGAUUCAACCUGUACAGCGCGAACCUCGGAUGUGCUGCCCAAGCCGCUGAGCAGUGGUGCGAGUUCGAAGUUUCUGCUUAUACAUAUAAUCAGGCUGCCUCAAAUGAAAUGUCUAUUGCAUGGUCAGAAGUCAAGCGUGUGCCAGCAUGUCCAAGCUUCCCUAAUUCCCCUUGCUCUCUUACCCCGGUCACAUUUGAUGGAUACCAGAACAUCAGCUCCGUGCUCGUCCGCCUUCACGUCGGGCUUGAACUUCGCACUUGGUGGGCUGAUGACGUGCAGUUUGGUUGGACUGAUAACAGUUGUGAGGCUGCCCAGUGUCGCCAAGCCGUUGCACCUCAGCCAGUCAAGCGUGAGGCCGUCGAAUCGGCGCUCCGACACGGUGUUUGGCGUUGGACCCCCGCAGGUCACGAACGAAUGGGAGAGGAGUAUGUUUGGGACUCUUUGAACUAA